CUCAAUCUCAAGUCAUAGGACUGUUUCUUUGUCUACUCUUUCAAUAUUGAUAUAUUGAUAUACUUCCAGCCAUCCAAUUGAUCAGAUUGAGAGAGAAGUAAAAAGAUGGGAAGGCAACCUUGCUGUGACAAAGUUGGCCUAAAGAAAGGGCCGUGGACUGCUGAUGAAGACAAGAAACUCAUCAGUUUCAUUCUUACCAAUGGCCAAUGCUGCUGGAGAGCUGUCCCAAAACUUGCAGGACUCUUGAGAUGCGGAAAGAGCUGCAGAUUGAGAUGGACUAACUAUCUCAGACCAGACUUGAAGAGGGGGUUAUUGUCAGAAUAUGAAGAGAAGAUGGUCAUUGAUCUUCAUGCUCAGCUUGGCAACAGGUGGUCCAAGAUUGCUUCUCAUCUCCCUGGAAGAACUGAUAAUGAGAUCAAGAAUCACUGGAAUACUCACAUAAAGAAAAAGCUGAAGAAAAUGGGGAUUGAUCCUGUGACUCACAAGCCACUGCCCCCGUCAACAACUAUUACUGCUGAUCAACCACCCCAAGAGGAGCAGCCAGAGAAUAAUCUUGAUUCUGAUCAACAAGCCAAAAAAGGCCCGCCGCCUUUCUCAAAUAGUGCUUCUGAUACAAUCCCAGAAAUAGCUCAGCAAAAUAGAGAAGCAGAGACUUCAAUGCAGUCAACUUUAACAGAGGCAAAAGAAGAAGAUGACAAAAGCAAUAAUCAUUCUCAAAGUCCAAUUGACUCCUCCCCCAUGGAAGUCAACAAUGGCUUCUGCAUAGAUGAAGUUCCCUUGAUUGAACCUGAUGCAAUAUUAGUACCGUAUCCAAAUUCUUCAUCAACCCCUUCUUCAUCGUCGUCAUCAUCAUCAUCUUCUUGUUCUUAUGACCGCAGCUCGAAUAAUUACAAUGCAUUCGAUCAUCAUCAAGAGAUGUUGCCGACAAUGGACUACUGCUGGCAGUUGUCAUCAUCAUCAGCAUCGUCAUGUGACUACUACUAUGACACAAACAACAUGAACAUGGAUUUCUGGGAUGAUGACUUCAUCAGCAAUUGGGAUAUGCUACUUAAUGAUAAUAGUGACAGAAAUAAUGUAGCUGCUGUUCUUGGAGUUGAACCUUCCCUGGUCCAGUACCCUCCAGAAAUGGUCCAAUUGGAUGAAGAUUCUUGGAAUUUUUAUCACUUGUGAUCAUAUCAGACAUUCUUUUCAAUUCAAGUGGAGCUACUUAAGUUCUUGUUAAUGUUGAAUUGGUCUUUCCUUGAUUAGCUGCCAAUAGUUACAAUGAAUAAAAAGUCAAGAAUCAGUGGGACAAAACCCAUUGAUUACUUUUGUUUUUUUGGGUUUUUGUAGAUUUUUGUUUUUGUUCAUGUUAGAGACAAAAAUAAAAUCCCUCUGUACAUCAAUGAAGCUGGCAUCUUGGAGUACGAUAAUGGCAUGCAACCAACCGUCAAUUUCUUAUUUUUAUGUAUUAAUGCUCUACUUUCGUUGUCAA